GAGGGGAGCGGGGCCCGGGCUCGCUGCGGCCCGAGCGCGGCCGGGGGCUCCGGCCCUGCCUGCCCCAGGCCCAUGGGCAGCGGCGCCGAACGCGGCGGCUCCGCGGGGCGCGGCACCAAAGGUCUGUUCUCAAAGCUCUGGCUGUGGCGAGCUGUCGCUGGGGUCCUUAUUGCUGCUGUCAUUUUGAUUUCAUGUAUUCAGUUUGUAAAGCCUUCUCUGGCCAAAGUGUUUCCAGUGUGUCCUCCCCUGGAGCUGUGUCCAUCAGGCUGGCUGUACUUCCAGAGGAAGUGUUACUUCCUCUCAGAGAGUGAGGCUGCCUGGAACUCCAGCCAGAGCCAAUGCUCUUCCUACAAUGCUUCCCUGCUGGUCAUCGAGAAUCACCAGGAGCUGAGGUUUAUGAUGAAGAUAACAAAACAAGACCCAUGGAUUGGACUCUAUAAAAUAAAUGAAGAUUUCUUUUGGGUAAAUGGAAAAGCAUUAGACAAUGAACUGUUUGAAGUAAAAGGAUCUGGCAGCUGUGCCUAUCUGGAGUCCAGAGGAGUCUCAGCCUCAGGAUGUUAUUUAACCAGGAAAUGGGUCUGUAGCUUGAAUAUCAACUCAGCAAGAUAAAGGUGGACAAACCCACCACUCCUGACUCUCAGAGCUCUGAUAUGAUGCCUGCACAGGCUGUGUCUACACUUUGGGACCUGGGAAUGUGUCCCAGCUCCAACCCAGAGGUGAAUGACUUUUCUGGUAGCCAGAAUUCUCCACCCAUGGAGGAAGGCUUUGAAGAUACCAUUUUAAAGACUCUCUUCAGCAUCCUGAUAAGUCAUUUCCUUGGCCCAUUUUUCCAGCUACUGCCCAGCUGUAGUUUCUUUUUGCUGUGCCAUCAGCACAGCAAAAAGAAACUACAGCUUUCAUCAGCACAGCAAAAAGAACUCCAUUUACUCUUCUCUUGUAGGAGCAGCUGCUCCUUCUUUCCCUUUUGGGUGUGCACUUGGAGGUUUUGUUCUGCUUUUCCUUUGCCAGGCUCUGUGUGCAUGGGUGGUGAAGUGGGUCUGUCUGGAGGGCUGCCAGUGCCUCGUGGAUACAGGGCAAUGCAGAAGUAAACACUGUUGUUUUAGACAGGAUCACAGCAAAUUCCUCUCUUUCUGUUUGAUGGGAUGUACCUUGCAUUUAUUCCAUGUUUUGUUAAAGUUAUGUUACAUUAAUUUUGUUAAAUCCUGGUGAUAACACUGUCAAGCUGAUUUAUGUAGCUGCACUGCACCUGAAGUUAUUCUCACAACACUUUCUUUAGCCAAAAAAAGGUCAGAACAGAUAAGAAUAUUUAUUUACCUGAGCAUCUGCACUGAUGGGGGGGAGAAGAGUUGGAACUGGAGGAGUGAGAGUGAAGCUGCAGGCAUUAAUGUAGGAAUAGUCCUCAGUGCAAGGAGGCAAAAUCAGGAGAAGGGAAUGAGAGAAUUAGCAGCAAGGGAUGUUUCUCUGUGUUUCCCUUAUGCCCUGUGCCUGUCUUGGUGUGAGGCUUCUGAGUAAGGGGACAUUUCCAGAUGGACAGUCAGUGUUUCCUGGUGUAGGUGACAUUUUCAGCAGCAGCCUCCAGUGCUCUUGGAUUGCUGGGAGCCUGAACAGGAAUAGGGUACAAACCCUCUGAUUGUCUGAGUCCCACACAUGUCUAGCAGAUUGUCCAAAGAUUAAAAGUGUCAUUUAACCCAGAGGAAGCAGAUUUGCCUAGAAGGAAUAUAACUGUGAAGUUUCCAGAGAAGGAAGAAUGGGAAGUUCACCUUCGUUAUUUUCUGUGAGAGAAGGACUUGACUGUAGCAGGACCAUACACAUGGUCAGCAACUUGUGCCUUUCAGAUGUUUAUUUAAAUAUAAUCACUAAUUUUACUGGAUUACAAUUUUCUUAAUUGCUUGUAUUCUUUAUAGGCACAGUAGCAGGACUCUACAGUCUAAAAAGCCUAAUUAUCUAUUUAUUUAUAUGUUGGGGGAAAAGUGUUAUUCUGCAAUGUUUUUACAUUAACCUGAUUCUGAAGAAUAUGGUAUGUGCAAUAGUCCUGAAAAGAUACUUAAUAAAUAUCUUUACAGAGCCCCUGAA